AUGGCCUCCACCUCCGACACCAUCACCACCGCCACCUCCAUCCUCCUCCGUCUCUCCGUCUACGUGUUCCUGCGAUGGAUCGUACCUCCGCUUGCGACCGCCCUCACUGCCAUCUACAUCCCCUCGUUCCUCGCUAGCUUCUGGUCCACCUCGCCUUACAAGGUUGUCUCUGAUGAAAUCGAUAUCAUAACCAAGGAGACGGUUGCCCAGGGAGAUGACACUCCGGACGUCGCCGAGAGCCCCCGGCCGGCGCCUGUCGAGGAGUUGGAUGUCGAGGAGACCGUCGUCGUCCAGGAGAAGGACCCUCGCAUCUUCAAGACGCUCCUGACUGGCCGUCCGAGCCCCUCAUCCGCACUAUGGAGCUGGAUCACCUUUGCCAUCAAUAUCCUUCUGGUCGCCAUGAUGCUGGACUUGAUCUACCGCGCCCCAGUGCUCUAUCCCCAACAUGACCUCUCCUUUGCACGCGUCGGAUACGUAUCGGACAAAUCGGCGAAGCUCAUGGUGCGCGAGCCGAGCUUGAGCAAGCUGCCCAUCUUUGUGUCCUACCGCUUCGCUGAUCCGCCCUUCAGCCUGGACUCUGGACAUCGCCCGCACGAUACGGCGUGGAAACACGCCGGAAGCAUUGACUGGCUGUCGGAGGAGACGGAUUACACCGCGGCCAUGGAAAUCACACACCUUAGACCGGAUACCAAGUACCAAUGGGUCGUAUCGAACAACCACUCCGGUUAUUUCAUUACCGCCCCGCCGGCCGGAAAGAUAUCCACGAGGGAAGCCAACCACGGCAAAUACACAUUCCUUCACUCCAGCUGCAUUAAACCCCGCGUGCCCUACAAUCCAUUCCAGCAUCCCCUCUCCAUUCCAGGUUUCGAGCACCUUGCCAAGUGGAUCGACAAGCUCAGCGCGCACUUUAUGCUCUUCUUGGGCGACUUCAUCUACAUUGACGUGCCCAUCCGGCACGGCGCAGCGCAUGAAGACUACCGACGCGAGUACCGCCAGGUCUAUUCGGCGCCAGAAUGGCCAUCCGUGUCUGACAAGCUCCCGUGGAUCCACGUGCUCGACGACCACGAGAUCGAGAACGAUUGGGACCGCAACGUGACGGGCGUCUUCCAGGCCGCCUACGAGCCGUGGCGCCACUACCAGGUCGCCGUCAACCCUCCGCCGGUGCGCGACGCGGGCGACACGUACUUCUCCUUCACCCAAGGCCCCGCCAGCUUCUUCCUGAUGGACACGCGCCGCUAUCGCGAACCGGAGCGCGAAAAGGACACGUGGGACCCGACGAAGAGCAUGCUGGGCCCGCAGCAGGCCGAGGACCUGCUCGACUGGAUCAAGGCGGAGCCGGCCAAGCCCGGCGUGCGCUGGAAGGUCGUCGUGUCCAGCAUCCCCUUCACGAAGAACUGGCGCCACGGCCCGUCCAAGCUCGACACGUGGGGCGGCUACCUCGCCGAGCGCCAGCGCUUGCUGGAAGCCAUGUGGGACGCGGGCGCGGCCGGCUCCGGCGUCGGCUUCGUCGUGCUCAGCGGCGACAGGCACGAGUUUGCGGCGACGGCGUUCCCGCCGCCAAAGGAUGGCAGGUGGCCGCAGAGCGCGACGGUGCAUGAGUUCAGCACCAGUCCGCUGAGCAUGUUUUAUUUGCCUGUCAGGACGUAUGAGGAUGUCGGGGAUGAGGAGGAUGUUUGUUUGAAGUACAUUCCGGAUGGCAACUCGAAGUUCGGUGCUAUCGAGAUCACCAGCCCGAAGACUAGCGAGCAAAGUAUGCUGCAAUAUCGGCUGUUCGUUGAUGGCGACGAGACGUGGAGUUACACGGUGACGACGCCACCCAAGGCGGGUGGAAGGAAGAGCCAGGAUUCGUAUUGGGGGUGA